CACACCUUCCCCCCGAGGGUGGGGGGCGGAGAGGGUGGGGCCCGGCCUCAGAAGCGCGACCCGGGGAACGCCGGACGUGCCGAAGUGUUACUUAAAGGUGGAAAUUGAUGAGAUCCCUUGCUUAACCAGAGGGCCUCCCCGUCCCCCCUCCUCCCCAAAAAACUGGGCAGAAGUCCACGGAGCGAGUAGGACGCGAGAACCUGCACCCGCAGAUCUCUACCUAAGAAUUCAAUAGUGGAGACGGCUAGAGAUCAAAGAAAGGCCCCUUCUCUUCCACCACGCUUCCCCGUCCAACUCGGGGGGACCUCAGUCCAUCAGAGCAGCAGAGGGAGGAGGCGCGCGAGGACCCGCCCCGGCCCGGUCCACGUUCUCCCCAGGAAGCUGGACUCUAUGGGGCGGGACCCCGAGAGAGACUGAGCAGAACCUGGAGCCAGCCCCGCACCCUUGCACUUCCAACCAGGGGCGCCCCGGGAGCACUCCCCGUGGGCGCGCCGCCCGCCCUCCGCGCAGCCAUGAGUGAAACGGUCAUCUGUUCCAGCCGGGCUACCGUGAUGGUCUAUGAUGACAGUAAUAAGCGAUGGCUUCCCGCUGGCACCGGUCCCCAGGCCUUCAGCCGAGUCCAGAUCUACCACAACCCCACUGCCAACUCCUUCCGAGUCGUUGGCCGCAAGAUGCAGCCGGACCAGCAGGUGGUUAUCAACUGUGCCAUCAUCCGGGGUGUCAAGUACAAUCAGGCCACUCCCAUCUUCCAUCAAUGGCGGGAUGCCCGUCAGGUCUGGGGCCUCAACUUCGGCAGCAAGGAGGACGCAGCGCAGUUUGCAGCCGGCAUGGCCAGCGCCCUAGAGGCCUUGGAAGGAGGUGGGCCUCCCCUGGCCCCAGCACCCCCUGCCUGGUCUGCACAGAAUGGCCCCUCCCCAGAGGACCAGGAGCAACAGAAAAGGCAGCCUGAGCACGUGGAGCGCCGGGUCUCUAACGCAGGAGGCCCCCCUGCUCCCCCAGCGGGAGGUCCACCUCCACCUCCAGGACCUCCCCCUCCUCCAGGUCCCCCUCCACCCCCGGGUCUUCCCCCCUCAGGGGUAUCAGCUGCAGGUCAUGGAGCAGGGGGAGCCCCGCCCCCUGCACCCCCACUCCCUACAGCACAGGGCCCCAGUGGUGGGGGUUCCGGGGCCCCAGGCCUGGCUGCUGCCAUUGCUGGAGCCAAACUCAGGAAAGUGAGCAAGCAGGAGGAGGCCUCUGGGGGGCCCUUGGCCCCCAAAGCUGAGGGUACUCGAAGCACUGGCGGGGGGCUUAUGGAAGAGAUGAACGCCAUGCUGGCCCGGAGAAGGAAAGCCACACAGGUUGGAGAGAAGCCCCCCAAAGACGACUCAGCCAGUCAGGAGGAGCCAGAGGCCCGAGUCCCCGCCCAGAGUGAAUCUGUGCGGAGACCCUGGGAGAAGAACAGCACAACCUUGCCAAGGAUGAAGUCAUCAUCUUCUGUGACUACCUCCGAGGCCCACCCCUCUACCCCCAGCUCCGGGGAUGACUCUGACUUGGAGAGGGUGAAGCAGGAGCUUCUGGAAGAGGUGCGGAAGGAGCUGCAGAAGAUGAAAGAGGAAAUCAUCGAAGCCUUUGUCCAGGAGCUGAGGAAGCGGGGUUCGCCUUGACCACGGGGAGCCAGAAGACCCAUUUCUCCUUGCGCGCUUCCCGCUGGCGCCUGCUUCCCCUGCCUCAUCUUGACAGUCCACCAGAAGGCAUUCUCCCCCCACUGGGUGUGGCUUCCUGGUGCCAUGGCCACACCCAUGCUGGCUGCUGAUUGGCUAAGGAGGUCCUGCCCCUUUGUACCCUUUGGUCCUUCCCCUCUGCCAUCCCCUUGGGGCUGGUUCCUCUGCUGGGGAUGUACUGGUAACCCCACAGUGAGGAAGGAAGGAGGGAUCUCACCUUCCCUUGUUCUGGAUUCACUUUAACGCUUUAAUGCCUUGGAUUUUUUUUUUUAAAGAAAAAAAAAAAAAAA